AAGAGGCUGUAUGUAAAAUAAGCACUUUGUCUUUAAAAAAUGUUUAAAAAAGUAUUUUUUGCUUUUCUUUACUUUCUUGUGUUAUUGUGACUAUGUUGACUUUUGUUGUUUGAACAGCCACAAAUACUCCACCGGCCAAAAUGAGUUUUAUAGACCUGGCGACGUUGGCGCUCCACCGCCGAAACGAAAUGGAGGCUCGAAUUAAAGUUUUUACUACAAAAUGUGACCAAGCCAUUGAAGAUAUAAUAAAGCUCAAAUCACAGGCUCGAGGUUUUGUACACCAGCUGAAUUGUGACCCAUCAGAACUGAAAGACAGGUUCCUCAACAGCAUGAAAAAUUUGGAUGAAUACAUGUAUCUCAUUACUGACUUCAAUUUGGCUGUUGCAAAACUUGAUGAAAUGUCGGGCAGUGUAGAGUAUGCUCCUGUACACGACACGACAACAAAGCCACGUCUAUCCUUAUCACCUUUCAACAUAAUGGAUGUGCUGAGUGAGCCUGCACCAUCUACAUCCACUGCAUGCCCAAACCAAUGUCCUCUAAAACAUCCGACCAAAUCAAAGAAAGUGCCAAAAGCUGAACAAACUCUUAUAGUAUUCUCCAGUGCAUCCUGCUCUUCAGAAAGUGUACCAACUGAUAAGAAUGAGGUUAACAAGAAAGAAGUAGAGGUACAAUGUGAACUAACUCAGGAUUUGAAGAAGGUCAGCCUUGCAGCCGCGCCUAUUUCACCAUUGCUGUCAGAGCAAUGUAAGCUGCCAGCCCAGACGGUGCUGCAAACAGAACAUGAGUACCCGGCUGUGAUCAUGAAUGUGGAUGGGCCAUCCCUUUGGGUCAUCACCGAAGACCAUGAGGCUGCUUGCAAAUUAAUGACAGACAUGACCAAUUACUACAAGAAGAACAGUGUGGAGUUGUCUGCCGAGGAUGUGGCCUCGCUCACCUACUGCGCUUACUACGACGAGGAGAGCGACUGCUACUACCGAGGGCUGAGUCUCACUGAGGGUGUCAAAUGUGAUGUACCGGAGGUGUUCCUGGUGGACACGGGCGAGGUGCGCGGGGCGCGGGGGCCGGGAUGCCUGCAGCCGCUGGCCGCGCGCUUCUGCACGCAGCCGCCCUUCGCGCGCUGCUGCCAUCUAGCGGGGAUAGACCUACUGAGCUACCACAACAAGGACGGCGCAGAGAAACAGGAACAGUACAUGCGACAAUACGUAGGCACGCAUUGCUACAUCGAAGUCGACGAUAAUUCCUCUGAAUCCCUGGGCGUGUAUGUGUUGUUGCCAAAUUCUGAAUACCUGAAUGGCCUGCUGGUUCGAGACGGACUGGCCUGUAGUACGGAAACAGAUAAACUGCCAGCGAAGGCGCCUGCCCCCAGCCAAGGGCCCCCCGAGCUGGGCGUCACUGACAGCCAGCUGGAUGUCUCCGAGUGCCCCGAGUACGAAGACCCCGUUGAAGCUGUCACGGGUUAUAGUUGCCGUGACGAGAUGGACAUUUGCAAGCAUUACAAGGGCGGACCAGAGAAGACUUGCUUCAAAGGUGCACGCUGUAAAAAGAGACACGUUUUGAUGCAUCCAGACGGGUGGACCCUGGACCGCGUGCCGGUGGCGGCCCACUGCCUGCCGGCCAUGUUGCCGGCGCCGGGCUCCUGGAUGCGCGCGCACGUCACCUGCGUGUGCCACUUCAACCGCCUCUACGUGCAGUUCGUGCAAGAGAAGAAUGCCGAGGAGAUGGCGCCACUGCCGCAGUUCGGCGUGGUGCUGCCCCCGACCACGCUAGACGCGCUCGUGCGAGACAUGAACAGCCCCGCCACCAGGACAGCCUACAAGAAACUUAAGAUGAUCCCGGCACCCGGUGAGCUGGUGGCGGCUCUGUACCCUCUCGACGACCAGUGGUACCGCGCGCGGGUGUUGUCUUCCACCAGGGCUGACCAGAACGUUGAGGUGAUGUACAUAGACUACGGCAACGUGGUGUGGGUAAAGGAAGACAAGGUCCGCGUGCUGGAGCCGCGGUUCAUGUCGCUGCCGGCGCAGGCGACGCGGGUGGUACUGGCCGGCGUGGUGGCGCGCAGCCACGAAUCGCGACACUGGGCCGCAGCGAAGAAUCAACUUGCGACAAUGACGCAGGACCGCACCUUAGACACGCAUAUCAUUGGCCGUGAUUACGACGAGGUGAUGGUGGAGAUGUUCGACGACCAGGGAUACAGCAUAGCGGAGCAGCUCGCGGCGCUCAACUUCGUGACGCUGAAGGAGUACACAGUUGGAGAGGACGCCGUCGGUACUAAGGUGGUCGUGCCGUAAGUGCCCGCACGUGCAAAGUGAUUAUGGAGUGUUUAUUGACGAUUACAAAAUAAGAAAAUAGAAAGAAGAGUAAAUAAAUAAGUAUUUUGCUGCUAAAAAGAGCAUUUUUAGAACAUUUAUAAUAGUAAUUUAGCUCUUAAGUCCUGUUUUCUGUUAUACGGAUUUAGCUAGUGUUGCUACUGGGUAAAGGCCUAUCCAAAUUAGCAGAGAAAAGCAUAGUGACGAUGAUGGUGUAGUCAAAUGCGAAUUAUAUCUUUGGACGUCCCCUGAACAUCACCCACGCUAAUCGGGAUUCCUGGCGAUAGGUCUAAAAAGGCUACUUUAAUUAAUCUUAAAAAGCAAUAUUGCUCUUUGACAUUUCUUGACAUUGCGCAUGAUAUUUCAUAUGCGCAAAUUGCAAUAUUGUAUUUUUAGAUGAAUUGCUUCAUUGUAGCCAUUUUAAACCCCUUGCUCUGUUACCACAGCAAUUUUUUUAUUAUAAUUAUCUAUUGUCACGCGGCCCUUCCUCUACUGAAACCACUGGACUAAACCCGCAUGACCGAACUCAGGUCUUAUCACUGAAUUAACUUCAUAUCGUUGUGAUACUCGUAUGUAUGUGCUAACUUUAUAUCGUAGUAUUUCUUAAAUUGUAAAAAUUCGGCCAAACAAGCCAUUGCUCAGUCACUUACAUGAUAAAGAGCUAUAAGCCCAAAAAUAACAGUUCCUAGGCCAUCUUAGCCAUCCAAGCUAUUGAAACCGGUGUAUUUGAUACUCUAGCACUAUGCUUAAAGUGAUGUAUGCAUUGCAUAUGCUUUAUUACAUACAACCAAUGAAAAGAAUAGGGUAGUUUCAAACUUGUCACUUACUUUUUACUAAACGUCAAAACACGAAAUUACUAUGGAAUUUGUGUUAAAAAGCAUCUUGUGACGUCAUAGAAAACGUGUCAAAAUUUCGCACUUAUUAUUAUUAUUACUUACGUUUUUAUUUAUUAAAAUUCAUAAAUAAGUAAUAAUAGAAAACAGAAAACGUUUUUUUGCCUUUAUUUAUUAAUCAGAAUUUAUCUUUGACCUAGGACACUACCUAAUUACUAAUAUUUACGUGAUAGCAUACAUAACAUAAUAAUACCCAUAUGUGGUUGCAAUUUGGUUAUAUUUAUGUACCAUAUCUCAUACUCAUCUUACAAUAAGAGAUUGUUAUUAAGUUGCAAAUUGUGAUUCCUACUACCUUUAUGGGUUAAUUAUGUACAAAUAAUUAUUUAAGUAGAAACUUAGUUUGUAGUAGAAGUGUUAUUAGCCGUAUGGAUUUUUUUGAUUAUGAUUGUUCUCGUUCUUUUGAGUUAUAUUGCGUUUGCGUUGAGUAUUAUGGCACGGCAAAGGGGCAUGGAUAUUGAACGUUAGGCAGAAGUGGUUUGUGUAUAUCGUAGGAUAAGGUGAUUACAACGCCAUAAUAAUCACGUCGUCAAACGAUCAUGACAGACCAAUCGCAGUCGCUCUUCAAACAGACGCGAAAAUUGAAAACUGCACAAGUUAGUCAUGCAUAACGUUGCCUUAUAGUGAAAACCUCGGAACGGACACUAGCGCUGAAACUCAUAAUAUCGGAAUGUAUUGUUUCAAAAAGGUGUUUAGGGGUCGGACCACAUCAGUCACCACGCCAUAUCGUUCUUGCGCGCGCUGACGCACGCUAUCGCUUCAACGAUACUGCCGCGUGGGGCGCUCGCUUUCGCUCUAGCAAAUGACAGUUCCUAGUAACAGAAAAGGAUAGAAGUAUAGGAAAAUGCGAUGCCUGACAAAUGUGGUUUGACCCUAAGAGGUUUUCAUUAUAAAGGCGCAAAUAGACUUCUGCGGGCCUAACAUCGUAAGCACGUGACUCUUUCUCGCCGCGACAGUUUGUCUGUCUCUUUCUUUGCAGUACUGUGAGAGAGUGACGGGUGACGUAUGUUGAGGCGAGAAAGAGUUGUGCGCUUACGGUAUCGGAAUCUCUAGAUAUAGGAUGUCUUCUAAAUAAUAGAUAAUAAGAGCAAUGUACAAACCGUACGUACUGUAUUUAAAAAAAAAACUUGUUAGAUAAAAAUAAAAUUGUUGAUAACUAAACUCUUGAAUUAAUGGAAUAACAGUCUGCAAAUUAAAUGUAGGCCACCAGUAUAA